AUGACUGAUCAAGAAAAUAUUCGAUUACAAACAUUAAUUAAAUAUAAAGAACUUAAUGAACAAUUACGUGAAUUUCUUAAAUAUAUUCUUUUAUUUGAAAAAUCAUCAUCAUUAAAUGAACAAAUUAAUAUAAAUAUAAAUGAUAAUGGUGGUAUAUCAUUAUUAUCAAUAAAAAAUGAUUUACUUCUACAAUAUUUAAUUAAUCUUAUUGCUGUUAUGUAUCGUCGUUCAAUACCAAAUCAAUCAUUAAAUUCAUUAUCAACACGUACAAUUAUAUUACGUCUUUGUGAAAUUCGUACAUUUAUUGAAAAAAUUCAUCCUAUUGAACAAAAAUUACAAUAUCAAAUGGAUAAAUUACUUAAGAAUAAUAUUGAUCAACAACUUAAUUAUCAUCCUAAUAUUAAUAAUUUCGAUGAAGAAAUAAAUAUUGAAAAUAAACAUAAAGAAGAAGAAGAAAAACAAAAAUUAAAAAUUUAUCGACCACCAAAACUUAUACCAAUGGAAUAUAAUGAUGAUAAAAAUGAAAAAGAAACAAUUAAUAAUAAACGUCUUGAAUAUCUUAAACGACGUGCUUAUCAUUCAGAUAUUUUAGAUGAUUAUAAAAAUAAAUAUUCUGAUGCACCAGAAGAAAUUUAUAAUAGUGAACGUAGUCGUUUAUUACAACAAAAUCGUUUAUAUAAAGAAAAAAUUACUUAUGAAGAAGAAUAUUUAAAACGUUUACCACAAACAAAACGUGAACGUUUACAAUUACAAAAAUCAAUAAUAAAUAAUGAUAAUGAUAUUAUAAAUCAUAUACAUGAUGCUAAUAUAUUAUUUGAUGAUAAUUUAAAUAAUUUAACAAAAAAGAAAAAAAAUAAACUAUCAAGACGAACAAAAAAACGUAUGGAAAAGAAAAAAACAAAAUCAAUUAAACGACUUAAAUCAAGAAAAUAA